AGCAUUUCAAAAUGAAUUUUUUGUAAUGUUUUUAUUAUAAUGUUUUUUGAUUUCAAAAUCCAUUGAGAAUUGCGUUUGUUAUACUUUCCGUUUGAAUUACCUUUUGUAUAAAAAAAAAUUGCUUUCAUGUUUUCAAAUGAAACAUAUGUUUAUUUCGUUUUUGCAGUUGUCAAACGUCAUUAUCAUUUUUUAGCCGCUGUUAUGUUUCGUUACUGAAAAAGCUGCUCUUUCAAAAAAGUUAUAUUUUAACUAUGGUAAGCCAUCCAGAUGUAUCCAAAUUCGAUAUCAGUACUAUUGGUGCUAGUACUGGAACUUCUGUAAGCAAGGAUAACUUGAGAAAUACUCAUGUUGCUGCCGGAUCUGCUCUUCUUUAUGUUGCUGUCCUCGGAAUGCUAACUUCGUAUUCUGCACCUGCUACAGCCGAUAUGAAAGAACCUGGUAGCAGGUUUCGUGAUUUAACCCCCGAUCAAACAACUUGGAUCGGAAGUUUGCCUAAUCUCGGAUGUCUUAUUGGAAACAUAACGUUUGGUUAUGUAACUCAUGCAUUUGGCAGGAAAGCAGCUAUGAUGUUGCUAUCAUUGUUUUACUUGUUAAGUUGGCUGAGUGUUGCGUAUGCUCCUACAUUAAUAUGGAUUUAUAUAGGAAGACUCGUUGGAGGAAUUUGCGGAGGUGCAAGUUGUGUCGCCAUUCCAACUUAUCUGGUAGAAAUUGCGCCAACAAAAAUACGAGGACAACUCACAUCAGGAUUUCAAAUUGCCAAUACUAUAGGUGCGUUUCUCAUUAUGAGUUUGGGCAUAAUUUUAAGAUGGUCAUGGCUAGCCAUAUCAGGUGCAAGUGUCGUAGCGUGUGCUUCUUGUAUCAUGCUAUUCAUGCCGGAGUCUCCUCCAUGGCUGUUGCGGUCAUCGAGAUCUACCGAAGCAAUUAGAGGAUUGAAGUUCUUGAAAGGCAAGCAGUGUAAUAUCGAGAAGGAAUUGAUCGACAUACUUGGUUCUAUUCAAUACAAAGAAGAAAGAAUUGCUCUUCGGGAUUUUCUUGACUCAAAAUUCUUCAAACCUGCAUUUAUUUCACUCGCUUUGAUGUUCUUUCAACAAGCAUGUGGUAUCGGUCCUUUAUUAGCUUAUACGGUAGAAAUAUUCCAAACUUCUAGAAGCUCAAUUGAUCCUUCAAUAGCUGCUGCAAUGGUGGCGCUUGUAGAAGUCAUUGGUAGUAUCGCCAAUGGAAGUUUAAUUGAUAGAUCUGGGAGAAAGUUUUUGUACAUCACAUCAUACAGUUUUAUGUCAAUAUCUUUAUUAUUCCUUGGAUUCUAUAACUUUGUUUUGGUGCGAGAUCCCAUAUCUGUGCGUUCAUACGGCUAUGUACCUUUAAUAUGUAUCGUUGUAUACAAAUUUUCGUACUCUCUUGGAAGUGGCUCUAUUCCUUACAUUAUGAUUCCGGAAUUGGUGCCCAUCAAACACCGAAGUGUAGUAAUGGCUAUGGGUGGCGUUAUGUGCUCACUUGUAGCCUUUGUGUCUAACAAAUCUUUUGAAGUUCUUAGAGUACUUUUGGGAGACUAUGGCGUGUAUUGGACAUAUGGUUCCAUAUCAUUCAUAAGUGUGGUGUUUGGAUUUUGUAUUCUUCCUGAAACUAAAGGGCUAACUAUACUUCAAAUAAACGAGUCUUUUUCUAAUGUUGUGAGUAAAUGAAAAAGAUUGAUGCCUGAGCUGUUUUGAUUAAAUUUUUAUUGCAAACAAUCUUUAAAUUGUGUUAUGUAUUUUGCAAUGAAAUUUUUUCUGAAAAAAAUGCCAAAUUCAAUUGUUGUAGUUCACAAUUACUGGUUUGUUGUCAAAUUUAUUCAUUGAUUCAAGGCAUUAAAAUUUUAUAUUUAAA